AUGUCCACAAUCCCGACCCGGCCGCCUGUGGCGCCCCCACUUGCCUCGACCACUGCGCUUGCAAGUGGUGAGGGUCCACUUACCCCCUCCAGCGACCAAGUGGUCGUUCUCUAUGUGAUAGUCGCAAUGGCCGUCGUCAUUUUUGGCUUUUGGAACGUGCCUGUCGUACGCAACCUCAUCAACCCGCUCAAGCUCUUCACCAUCGGCUGGCACGAACUCUGUCAUAUAUCGGCGGCAAUACUUUCUGGAGGUCGAAUACUCAAAAUCACAAUCGAUCCGCAAGUGGGAGGAGCGACAAUAGUGGAAGGAGGGACGCCGGGCUUCGUGUUGGUGUCCGGGUACAUCGGCUCGACGCUACUGGGUGGGGCAUUUGUGCUGGCUGGAUGGGAUACGCUGGUGGCAAAGGUACUGAGCUUCAUCCUCGGAGUGGGGCUCGUCUUGCCUUUGGUGCUCGUUCGGGAUAAAUUGACAAUCGUAUUGACAAUGGGCUACGAGGCUCUACUCAUCGGUUUUUGGUUUGUCGAUCAUGCCCAAGCCUUACGUUGGUACUGUCUCUUCAUCGGAGUUAUGAACAUCCUAUUUGUUAUUUGGGAUGUCGCCGACGAUAGAUUCUUUCACAAAACCAACGACUCAGAUGCGACACAAUUUGCCAUUCUAUACCCGCGAAUUGGUGCCCACAUAUGGGCCACUUUCUGGAUUAUUUUCCAACUCAUUGCCUUGGGAGGAUUUUCCGUCCUCGGAAUCUACGCUUUCAAGCUCUCAAAAGAAGAAAUGGAUGCUCAAGCAGGUGUGACACAGUCUUCAGUCGCAUCCUCUCUGUGGCUCAUGUCUGGUUCUAGCAUCGUUCUUGCCAACAUGAAGCCUGCACGUAUUGCAUCACACAGUUUCUCUCCUCAUCCUACACCCGGAAAUGACUCAUCAUGA